UACUUCCAUCACGUGCAGGAAGAUCAUUGGAGAAUUGGUUUCUGAUGACAUAAAUCAAGAAAAAUACGCUAAGAAUAAAAAGUGUGGAAUCUUCAAAAAUAGGCCACAAGGUGCUGUUUUGCAAGACGA